AUGUUUCGCGAGUAUUUGGAGAAGGGGAAAGUAUGGGUUGAUAAAAUAACUUCUGCCGUUAUGAACUACACGGAACUCGAGAAUAAAGUUCGUGAGGCAACAAACGAUGAACCUUGGGGACCACAUGGAAAGAUUUUGAAUGACCUUGCACGAGAAACGCACGACACCGAAGGGCUUCUGGAAAUUAUGACUAUGCUAUUGAGCCGAAUUUUUCCCGAAAAUUCUACCAAUUGGCGCCGUAUAUACAAGGGGCUAGUGGUUCUUGCACAUCUAUUGAGAAGUGGAUCUGAGCGCGUUUGUGAUAUCGCCCUUGACAACAUCUACAACCUCCGUUCUCUGGAGAACUACCAAUGCGUUGAUGAGCGAGGUCGUGAUCAAGGUUCCUCUGUACGAAUCAAAGCUCACGAAGUUGUGGAACUCCUCCAAGAUGCGGAAUUUCUUCAAGCCGAGCGGCAGAAAGCCCUUACCGCCCGGAAGGACUAUGCGGGUAUUGGAAAUAGCCAUGUCAUGGGAUCUAAUUUCUCUGGCGACUAUGGAAUGUACGAGGAGGACCCGCAUAAGGUAUCAGAGGAGGUCUUCAGCUUUCCUGGUGCCACAGUUGAUCAACCGGAAGAGGAGGAGUACAACUCUUAUCGGCGGACCUCUGAUACCUCCAAACUCUCACCAACCACCCAAACCAGUCAAAAAUCGCUGCCAACAGCGACUCCUGCUGCCCUGAUAGACUUUGAUUUGCCUCCGACUGGUUCCAAUGUUACGGACUUGAACGUGAUAGAUGAAGAUCAAAUCAAGAUGCAACAAUGGGAAGCAUCGCUAUCACAUGAGGUAAUAAGCACCCUCAUUAAACUGACCCAUUACCUGCCCUCCGAGGGUCCGCAUAAUCUUGCCAUGUUGCCUCCGACGAGACUUCCUAGACCUCCCUCGACGGAAAUGCUGGCGUCGCCACCAAGGAAUAGACAGAACGAUGAUAACAGCGACUUUUUCGCUGAGUUAGACAAGCAUCAAGCUAAACUGCCACAGAAUGCUGCGACUACUGCUAUGGACCUGUUCGCGAACUUCACUGCUGUGAAUCCGCCCGUGGCCGCGCAGACAACCCCGACAGCUGGUGCCCCGGUGGACGCGGAUUUUGGUGAUUUUUCAAGUUUCCAAGCUGCCCCUGUCUCCGAGACACCGGCCAAAACUGUCACCAUCACCACCACCAGCUCCCAGUCGACCAAACAAUCUGUGGACCCCCUAUUCGACGAAUUCACGUCACCUCCUCCCCCUUCUACCUUCGCACAUACUGCCAUGACAACAGCGCUUACUCCCUCAACAGUCCCAUUACAACCCCAAAAGCCGUCAUCUACUGUUGUGAAUUCCACCCCUGAGCAUCAGAUAAGCGGCAGAGUACCGAGCGCCCCUUCCAACGUCGGCAAAACGUGGAGCGGUUUGGGCGCCUUCAAUCUCGACAUCGACUUUAAGAUUGCCGCGGCGAGCCCCACAAAACCCGCGGCUCCAAGCCUCAGUCAGUUGCAGAGCCUCAAACAGAAUAAAUUAGUAACGCAGCCAGUGCUGCCUCAAACAAAUUCGUGUGGCGCCGCGUUUGACGCAACAUCACCGGGCAGCUCAAAGAUGGAUGACUUUUCAAAUUUCGCGGUUUUCAAAUAA